AUGGUGAAGUUAGCAGCAAUAUUUGCAGCAUCAACACCAGCAGCAACAGCUCUUGCCAAGCCGGGCUGUCCAAGCAGCUGUGGCAACCUUACCAUUCCAUACCCUUUUGGCACACGCGAGGAUUGUUACCUCGAUACAUCUUUCCUUGUAACAUGUGAUGCCUCCAACCAACUAUUUCUACAAGACAGCAUCAUACCUGUUCUGAACAUAUCAGAAUUUGAUGGCGAGUUGCGAAUCUUGAGCUGGGUAGCUGCAGAUUGUUAUGAUCAAUCGGGUGGAUUGAUUCGUCGCAAUGAUCCAUGGAUUAGAGUUCCCGAAUUCCCCAUCUCACAAACCAAAAACUCGUUCAUAGUCAUAGGCUGUGACUCUUACGCGUACGUGAGAGGUUCUCUGGGAGUUAAGUACGCCACAGGGUGCAUGUCCCUGUGUGAUGCUAUUGAUGAUGUGGUCAAUGGUUCGUGCUCUGGCAUCGGUUGUUGCCAAACAACAAUUCCAGAAGGAGUAAUAGAUUUUAAUUUGAGCGCGAGAAGUUUCAAUAACCAUACAAAUAUUGCAGACUUCAAUCCUUGUAGCUUCGCUUUUGUUGUCGAAAAUGGGCUGUAUAACUUUUCCAGAGUCGAUCUUUUCAAUCUAAGCAACAUUGAGAUGAUGCCGGUGGUGCUUGAAUGGGACAUUCCCAAUGAAAGUUGUGCAGAAGCCAGAACGAAUGUCACCAGCUACGCAUGCGGCAAAAAUAGCAUAUGCAAUGACACCAAUAUUAAUGGUAAAGGAUAUCGCUGCAAUUGUUCUCAAGGUUAUCAGGGGAACCCUUACCUUCCUGAUGGUUGUCAAGAUAUUAACGAGUGCUUGAGUCCAGAACUCAAUCUAUGCACCAAUGUUUCGUCGGAAAAUGUUUGUCGCAACACAAAUGGGAGCUUUACUUGCUCGUGCCCAAAAGGGUAUCACGGGGAUGGCAGAAAAGAUGGCAGGGGUUGCAUUUCAAAUAAAUUAUGGCUAAAGAUCAUGAUUGGUAUUGGCAUAACAAUUUUGGGAUCACUUCUGGUAUGUCUUUUGUUAUAUUUGGUUAUCAGGAGAAGAAGAAAGCUUAUCGAACAGAGAGAGAAACUUUUUCAGCAAAAUGGUGGUUCGAUGAUAAAAGAAAAACUCUCAAAGCUAGAUGGUUCAGUUGAGAAAGCCAAAAUCUACACCAUAGAAGAGCUCAAUAAGGCAACCAAUAAUUUUCAUGAAAGUGGAAUCAUUGGUCGUGGAGGAUUUGGUACAGUCUACAAAGGAAUUCUACCCCAAAACAAAAUAGUUGCUAUCAAGAAGUCCACAAUAGUUGAUGGAAGUCAAAUUGAGCAAUUUGUUAACGAGGUGGUUGUGCUUUCUCAAGUCAACCACAGAAAUGUGGUAAAACUAUUGGGCUGUUGUUUAGAGACGGAAGUCCCCUUGCUGAUUUAUGAAUUUAUCACCAACGGGACUCUGCACCGCCAUCUACAUGAGGGAGGCCAUGGGUCAUCACUUCCUUGGAAAGUUCGUUUAAGGAUAGCCAAAGAAACUGCCAGAGCGCUUUCAUAUUUGCACUCUGCAACUUCUACGCCAAUCAUUCAUAGAGAUGUUAAGUCUACUAACAUACUCUUGGACGAAAACUUCACUGCAAAAGUCUCAGACUUUGGAGCCUCAAGACUAGUACCAUUGGAUAAAACUCAGUUUACCACAAUGGUUCAAGGAACACUCGGGUACCUAGAUCCAGAAUAUUUCCAUACAAGCCAAUUGUCAGAAAAAAGUGACGUUUAUAGUUUUGGAGUGGUCCUUGUGGAGCUACUUACAGGCAGAAUGGCAGUUUCUUUUAACAGACCAGAGAAAGAGAGAAGCUUAGCAACAUAUUUCAUCUCUUCAAUGAACGAAAAUCGCUUGUCCCUUGUUCUAGAUGAUCAAAUCGUGAACGAGGAUAAUGCAGAUCAGGUACGUGAAGUUGCUAAGCUUGCACAGAGUUGCCUAAGGUUGAAGGGGGAAGAACGGCCUACAAUGAGGGAAGUGACAGUGGAGCUCGAGGGACUAAUGCGAGUGGAGAAGCACGUUUGGGCCUUUUCUGAAGUCACUCCUGAGGAGACCCUGUACUUGCUAGGUGAAUCGCAUGGCUUGGGCAAUACUAGCACCACAGUUGGGUAUGACAGUCUGAGGAACCAAGCCAUAAUGCCAUUAGAGCUAGAUGGUGGCCGUUGAGUUUAAGCAUAAUUUCAGUACAGUGAUAUGAAUAAACUGUUAUAUGAACAGUACAUAUAGUCCGUCAAUGUCGCAACUACCAGAGAGGAGCAGUGUACUUGUAAUGUAGAACGAUAGUGAUAAUUACUUUUUUCUUGUAUUAAAGUUGUUGUUUAUUGUAUGUUAAAUAUAUUG